AUGAGCCAACAGACAGGAUAUACCGUCCUCGACGUGCAAUAUCGUCUUGCUCCCGAGAACCCCGUCCCAGCAGCAUUAAAUGAUACCGAAGAUGCCAUCAAAUGGGUCUUAGGACGACCGACAAAAUUUGAUACCUCGAAAGUCGCUAUCUCCGGCUUUAGUGCAGGUGGAAAUCUUGCAUUGGCUGUUUCCUCCUGCAUUUUUCCUCCGGAAAGUUUCUCUUCUGUUCUAGCCUUUUGUCCGACAGUCGAAGCUUUUGUUGAUCCCGGGGCCGUAGCUGCGCCUGAUCCAAAUGGUCGGCCUUUCCUGACAUUUAUCCUGCGGCUUUUUGCUAGUUGCUAUAUGCUACACGGGCAUGAUCCCAAAGACCCCCGCAUCUUGCCUGCUUAUGCCGAACUUGACCGUUUCCCUCGCCAGGUUUUGAUCGUGACGGUUGCCUAUGACAGUCUAGCAGUGGAGGCGGAAAAUUUAGCAGGUCGGCUGCGGGAAAGCUCUGGUCGUAUCGUUGUUUCCGAGCGGAUGGAAAAGUGCAACCAUGCUUGGGAUAAGAUGGCUAAGAAGGGAUGCUUGGAUGGGAAGCAAAAGAACGGGCUUACAAGCUAG